AUGGUCUUCAACGGCCAGUUGAUCCAUCAUUUCUUGCUGAGGCAGAUACCUGAAGACGGUAACGCAGAUGGAAUCUGUUUCUCAGUUUUGGGGAAGAACGUCCGUUUUACCCAAAAGGAAUUCAACAUCAUAACUGGAUUGUGGCCAACAAACAAUCCAUUGGAGAAAGAUUGCGAUAGCAAGCGCCUACAAAGUCUUCUAUUCGGAUCAGAAAAUAAGAAACUAAUAACAUGCUUGGAAAUUGAGGAAAUUUUCAAGAAUUUUGAGUUUACAAAUGAUGACGAUGCUGUGAAGGUCGCCUUGGCCGUCUUUAUAGAAACUGUGAUGGUCGGGAAGGAUAAGAAAACACAGUUUGACAUGGAUAUUAUGGGAAGAGUUGAUGAUGAAGAAGCAUUUAAAAGCUUUGAUUGGUCAACUUUCUUCUACACUCGUCUGCUCAACAGUUUAAAGACAAGUCUCCAAGGAAAAAAAGAAGCAUACGAGCUGAAGAAGACACGAAGUUCCAAAGCAGUGUCAUACUACAACAUCAAAGGCUACGUGCUUGCUUUUCAGGUGUGGGCUUAUGAAGUACUCUCAACUGCAAAUGAGCACCUGGCCACAAGAAACAGUAAGGGAUUAAUCCCUAGGAUAUUGAGAUGGAAUUGUACGCAAGCUCCAUCUUACAAAAUGCUGCAUAAGAACAUAUACGACAACAAAAAUAUUUUGUGUGGUUACUGUUUCUGGAGAUUUGAAAUUUUCCUUCUUGGUUUUGCCCCCUAUUGGGGUUUACUGCUGGACAUAAAGAAGGGUCCAUUUAUCAUCAUUGAAAACUUGUCUUUCCCAGGAGGAGCUUACAUGUUUCAAGUUGGUGUAGUUUGA